UUUUUCGAUAUAACAAACGUUAAUUUUUGUUCAUCCGUGAAAACACGUUGUUGCAGACAAACAUUGAAGAUAACGGUGUAAACAACAACCUCCGAGAUUCGACAAUACUUCGUGUAUCCUAGAUUUCAUUUCACGGAUACUAAGGAAUUCUCAAAAAGUUUUGUUGGUUCUUUUUGCUGCCACUUGAAGAGUAGAUUUUGAUGGUUAGAGUGGUGAGUUGAAGGGGUUUGAUUUAAUUGGCAAUAUAUAUGUAUAGUUAAUCAGUGAUUGUGGUUUUGUUAUUGUGAGGACGAUUGAAGGUUUUUUACUGAUUCAUGGAAAGUUCUUCUCUUGGUUGUUUGGUGUUGAUAAUUGAAAGAAAGAGGGUAACUUGUAGUCUAGAGUUUGGUUGGUGCAGUGUUGUUAUAUAGCGGCUUUAUAGGAGCAAUAGCAUAGCGGAAUUUCAACAAACUGCUAUUGUUCCGUGAUAUGUGUUAGUACAAAGUGUUGUCAAUUACCGGCUAUAGCAGCGCUGUAACACUGUAUUAUUAGGGGAAUUUGAACAAACUUCUAUUUUCCUCGAUCCACGAUUGACAACAGAGAGUUAGUGGAUGUGAGAGUGACGGUAAAAAUGGAUUUGUGGGUUGCAGCUGCUUUUACUGGAGCUGGUUAUUUAGCUAAAUAUUGGAAAAAGAGUUUGGAAAAUGGUGAUACCUCUUAUCAUUUGUCUUCAGAGGAUUCAAAUUUUGAGAAAGCUGAGUCCUUUAGCAGUCCCUUAACCUCCCUCAAACAACGCCGGAGACGUGAAAGGGGAAAAGAUGUUUUUUUAGAUAGAAGGGGUUCGGAUGAGAUGUUCUCAGACGUGAGUUCCUUUGAUGGUCCUUCAACAGGAGAUGUGGCUUCUUAUAGAGGGUUCAAUUGUGAAAAAAUAAGACAUUUUCAGAAUUAUAAUGAGAGUGAUUUUCUAUCGAUAUCAAACUUAGCAGUGCCAUUAUCACCAUAUGAUGAUAACUUUAAGGAUGGUGAAGAUGGAAAUGAGCAAAAUACGAGUAGUUUUGGCAAUCAUGGGUUCUUUCGUCCUGAGUUUUCUGCCAAAGGGAUUCCUAUCCACAACUCUUUCGGACACAAAACCUUUCUCUCGACGAAACGUUUUCCCGAGCAUGUUAGUAGACCAUUAAAUUCCUUAGAAAGUUGUUUCAUGGCUCAGCUAUAUAAAGAGCAUGCCAAAAUGGAAGAAUAUGUCUUUAGUCCUCUUUCAUCACCAUCUACGACCACAAGGUUAUUUCGGGUUAGCAAUGGUAGCCGAAUACUCAAUAGAGAAAGUGAUAUUUUGAUCAGUGCAUUGACUGGACGUAAUAAAGCUGGUCGAGAAAAAGACAAAAAUGUAGUUGGAGGGAUUCCUUGCUUGCCCAAAAUUGGAUCUUUAAACGAUACCAAGAAGAUGAAACUUGAUGCAGUUGAUGGACGAAGUCGAAGGUCAAGCUUUUCUGAUGACUUGUUUAGUGGAAAACUCACACAAUAUGAUCCGACAUUUCUCUUCAGUCUUGGGAUUUCCCUUGGGAUAAUAACUUCCAACAUGACAAAUAAAAGAGAAAUAGUCAAGAUAAGGGAACUGUUGAAGCAGAAUGAGAACUUGGUUCAAGAUCUACAAGACGAACUUGAUAUGAAAGAUUCAAUGACUGUGAAGGAGUUACAAAAUGAAAAUUAUGGUUCACAAGAUACAUGCGAUCAUUCUUUCAAUGGCAAGGAGCUGCAUGAAUUUUCCCCUGAAAAGCAUAUUGAUAGCUCUCCCAGAGUAGAACGCAAAGAAUCAUAUGAUAAAAAGGAAGAACAGAGUUCAGAGUCUAUGAGUAAAAUUGAAGCUGAGCUUGAAGCCGAACUUGAGAGAUUAGGGUUGGACAUGAAUGCAUCAAGCCUGGAUAGGAAAUUAUCCGAGCUUGUUGAGAUUGACCCGGAGUUCGUAGCAGAUUUUGCACAAGGUGAGUUUCGAGCUGACACGGUCAAUGGAGCAGAUGCCAAUGUCACCACACCUCUUCCUGCUAACUAUGCAGUUUCACCGCAUGAACUGAGUUUACGUUUGCACGAAGUCAUACAAAACCAACUCGAAACACGAGUGAAAGAGCUUGAGAUAGCCCUUGAAAAUAGCCAGAUGAAAGUGAGGUCUUUGGAAACUGAACAGGAUGUUAGUUUCCAAAAGGAAUCUUCUCCCACCAGAGGAAACUUAUUGAUGACUCAUGAAGAUUGCGACACUAUGUCCCAGCCCUUAAUUCUCAAUCUAUCAGGUGAAGCUCUUGAAGCAUACAAUGAAACCUAUGAAGAAUUAAUAAAGAUGAAUGAUUCCGAAGACAAUUCACCGUCAGCCAUCAUUCAUGAUGGUGACGACAAAGAAGGUCCGCUUUCACAUGAUUGGAAUGCAACAGUUUUUGAAUACGAUUUCGCGACAAUGUUGGAAGGGCAAAGCUCUAGUGAAUUGAAUGUCAGUGGAGAUGAAAGUUGUGAUUGUGAUAACGAGGAGGUGGAGAGGCUAUUGAUAAGGCAAAUUGUUGAAAGGACAAAGAAAGGUUCUCCUCUUUUUCAAAAUGCAAAAAAGAUAUUGUAUUCUAUGGAUGAAGAUGAACAACAACAUUGAUAUCAUCUAGUUUUUAGGAAUGUAGGAAUAGAAAAUUAGUAAUACUUAUUAAAUACAGAUACCUUUGUUCUAGCCUUGUUUCAAAAUUUAAUCAUGCUUGCAAGGUUAUCUUGUCUUGAUUAUAGUAACUUCUUUUCUACUGA